UGUCAACAUAUUUUAUUGAUAUCACUUAAAGUUAUUUUGAGUAUUUAGUCCAAAAUUAAACGGAAAAUUUAGUGUUUUAAAGUGAUAGUGAAAAAAAUCUUGUGAGAAUGGACUGAAAUGCACGACAACUAUUGUUAUAAGUGAUGGGUGAAUUCGUAUGUGAAGGCUUUGAGUUUUUUGGAAAUUUUGAUUCUGCUAAUAUUGCCAAAGUAGAAUUCGUUCCUCCCAAUGAGAAUACAGUUGCAUCAACCGCAAACAGUGCCAGACAAAAACAUGUAGAGCAACCAGACAUUGAGUUUAACAUUUGGACAAAACCUGACUGCUGUGGCACUGAAUUUGAAAACGCUUAUCGAACAUGGUUUCAUUUUGGGAUGAAAGCAAAUACUCCAUCUUCUGUUUUGGUCAAAAUAAACAUGGUAGAUAUAAACAAACAGCAAAAGAUGUAUGGUCAGGGCAUGUGUCCAGUUUACAAGGUCAUUCCCGGGAAGGCAAACUGGGAAAGAAUACAUGACAAGCCCAUAUACAAUAAUGAUGACAGAAGUUUGUCUUUCAAGUACAAAACACCUGAGAAUCCAGAGAGUAUAACUUAUUUUGCCUUCACCUAUCCCUUCUCUUAUAAUGACAUACAAAACUCUCUCAGGACUAUUGAUGCAAAGUAUUUAAGUGCAUCUGGCCAUAAUGAUGAUAUUUAUUACUAUAGAGAAUGCCUGUGUUACUCUCUAGAAGGCAGGAAGGUUGAUUUGCUGACAAUUACAUCAUAUUACAAUAUUAGCAAAGAAAGGGAGACGAGAUUGAAACACUUGUUCCCUGAAACACAUCUUGUCAGACCAUUUAAAUUUACAGGGAAACCUAUAAUAUUCAUAUCGGCUCGCGUGCAUCCAGGGGAAACCCCUGCAAGUUUUACAUUCAACGGUUUCUUAGGGUUGCUGUUGAGUCGAGAGGAUCCAGUGGCUGUGACCCUUCGACGUUGUUACGUCUUCAAAUUAAUUCCCUGUCUCAAUCCCGAUGGGGUGGCCAGAGGACACUAUAGGACCGACACUCGUGGUGUCAACCUCAAUCGCAUGUACCUGAAUUGCUCCAUGGAAUUUUCUCCCUCGAUAUACGCUGCCAGGGCACUAAUUCGAUAUUACCACUAUGGGGUUGAGAAAGAUGAUGCUACACUGAGGGCUUGUAUGUGCCAAGCUGGAGGGAACAGGGAGAUGGGGAAAAGCUCCUCGCAGGCCUCGCUAAGUGAGGGAGAAGUCGAAGAUGCGGGUAGCAGGAAAUUCUUCUGUUGCGAUGCAAUAAAAAACUGUUGCACGAAGUGCGGGACUCCGUUGGACAACACGAGCAUGGCGAUGGGAGACAGUAUCGAACAGGGGGACCAAAAUGCGAACGUGUCCGGUCUAUUUUUGUACAUCGACAUGCACGGACAUGCCUCGAAGAAGGGAAUUUUCAUGUACGGCAACCACUUUGAGUCGAUCGACAAAAAAGUCGAGUGCAUGUUACUUCCGAAAUUAAUGAGCAUCAACAAUUACAACUUCCACUUCACCGCAUGCAAUUUCACCGAGAGGAACAUGUACAUAAAGGACAAAUUCGACGGUUUGAGCAAGGAAGGUUCGGGAAGGGUUGCCGUCUAUAAGCUUACGGGCCUGGUGAAGAGCUACACCCUCGAGUGCAACUACAACACCGGUCGUCUGGUCAACGUUCUGCCUGCCAUGAUUCGAGAGAACCCCAAAGCUCAUGGUUUCGUCAACGCGCCCCCCAAAUACACCCCUCACAUCUUCGAAGAGGUGGGGAGGGCGUUGGGGACGUCGAUCUUGGACCUGACGGGCCAAAACCCGAUGACCCGCCUGCCCAAUUCCGAAUUCCGUUCGAUCAUGGGCCUUCAGGAGUGGUUGUAUCUGCACUGCGCCGGGGAAUUGGGCGAUCCGCGGGCGGUGUCCCGUUGGCGCGUGCGCCAAAUGACCAGCCUGCAUUCUCAGGCGAGGAACAACAUCCGUGUGUUUAAAGCGCGCCCUAACAAUCCGAAAGCGACGAUAAAGCGCAUUGUAAGCAAAAAACCCCUGCGUCCGACGUCAGUGCCGCCGAACCGAAAAGAGAACGUCGAUACCAACGAACCCUCGUCCUCUUCUACGUCCAUCCUCAAGUCCAAGAACAGAAACAAGCUUCUCAACACGGUCGUUCGCACGAAAUUGUUCCGCAAAGAUAGCAAAAGUGCACCCUCGACCUCUAGCAUUGCAGCACAAACUGUCGCCAAGGUCGCCCGAAAUCACAUAGCGCGUAACAUGGAGAACACCAAGUGUCUCCUGAAGAACCGUCUGAGACUGGACUCGGCCCCGAAGACCGACGAGUCCUCUAGAACGAGCCCCGAUCGUAUAAAAUUGCACGAAAUCCACUUCAUAAAGGACGAAGAAGGGAAAAAGAUGAUCGCCAAAUAUAAACCCGCCGAAGAACAGCAACCCAUGAUGAACGACAGUCUUGUGGUGGCGUGGGAGGCUAACAGCAAUCAGCCCCACGUCUUCUCACAGAAAAGUACCAAUUUGAAAAUAUUACCGCCCCUGCCAGAGCCCGGAACCACGGCGAAAAAGGGCACGUUCAGGGUACACAAUUUCAGCAGGGUCAUAGCCACCAAGAAGAAGAACAUGUUCAAGAAUGCCAGUGACGUCAACAUCAGAAGGGACAAGGUGAAGAAGAGGAAGUCUAAAACUAGUAUGGGAUAGAAAAAGUGAGAGAGUUUUCGUUAUUUUAUCAUUUCGACGAAUUGAAAAUUAAGUUUGUAUUAAUGUCUGUUGUAUUUUAAUGUAUUUCUUUUUUUUUUU